CAGCACCCCUCCUUCAGUUGUCGAGGCGAGGAGGCGGAGAGAGGACGUACUAUUUUUCUCUCCCUCUCUUUCCCCCUCUGUCUCCCUGUCGUCCACCCUCUUCCGUCCCCUUCUGUUACGGCUUUUGUUUGGUUGUCUCCGUUUCCCUUCCCCCUUUUUUUUAACGUGUGUGACAUCACCGCUGCCGACAGUCAUGAUCUCCGGGACCAUGCGAGGCCGGAUGGCGCUUCAACUGCUGCUGGUGGUGAUGGCUGUGGCCCUCCUCACCUCCCUUGCCCUCUUCACCAUGGACAUCUCGCCCUCCUUCUCCAAGGUGAUGACGAAGAUGGAGGAUUUGGAGGGCGCCGUGAGGGACAAACUGAACAUGGAGGCUGGGGCCACGAAGCUGCCGGCGUCCGAGCAGGUGAUGGUGCCGCUCGAUCAGAUCAUGAAGGCACCUGUGAGUCUGGAGCAGGACGACCCAAGGCUGAUUCAGCGGAUACGAGCUAGAUACCUCUUUCCUCCCUCCACCGAGCCGUACUCCUUCCCGCUCACCAACCCGGAUCCGUCUAUGGGCCAGAGCAAACAAAUACAACAAAUUCUGGGAGAUAAGGUGAAGGAGGGCGGGUUCUUCGUCGAGUGCGGGGCGCUGGACGGCACGACGCGCUCCAACUCUCUCGUCUUCGAAAAGGACUUCGGGUGGAAGGGCGUCCUCAUCGAAGGCGACCCCAAAAACUUCGAACAGAUCACCAAGAAGAACCGCAAGGCGUGGACCGUGAACGGCUGCCUCAGUACGAAGCCCUACCCUAACGUGGUGAUGUUCAUGCAGAGUUACAACGUCGGGAAGAUCACGGACCUGGAGACGGGGCAGAACAAGGUUAAUCACGUCGCGGUGCAGUGCCUCCCCCUCUACUCCAUCCUCCUCGCCCUCAACACCACCACCAUCGACUACUUCAGCCUCGACGUGGAGGGCGCCGAGAUGAAGGUGCUCAAGACCAUCCCGUGGGACAAAGUGAACAUCAAGACCCUUUCGGUGGAGUUCAAACACACGGACGAGGGCAAGGAGACGAUGCGGCAGUACAUGGAGAGCCUCGGCUACAUGGUCUACUCCGAGGUGACACAUCCGGGCAGCCUCGCGAAUGACUUCAUCCUCGUCAAGAAGGAACUCAUGCCACAAAGAGACGCGGGCAAGCACCCCUAAGGCCCCUGUGACGACCUGCGUGUGUGUGUAUGUGUGUGUGUGUGUGUGUGUAGGCUGGUGCGGGCAUGUGUCUCUCUUUACUUUACUCAUGUUAUUCUUGUUCUUGUUGUUGUUGACUGUGGUGCUCAGACGGAGGUGCUGCUGAGUUCUAUAGGGGGGGGGGGGGAGGCUGGUGCUGAAGGAGGGAAAGAAGGGAGGAAGCAAGGAGGGACGGAGGGAAGGGAGGGAUAAUCAGAUAAAGUAUGUGAAUGUGAGGCUGUUGAUAAGGGAGGAAACACACACACACACACACACACACACGACUCAUGGUUUCCUACACAAUUCAUGACAUCCCAUUCUCAUAGUCAUCUGUUUUUACCUGCCACGGAGACCUAAUGCUUUGUUUUUAGUGCCCGACUGCCCGUUAGCCUUGUGUGGGUAUGGGCGUGUGUGGAGGCAGAAGGAAGGCUGACAAACACUGAUAAGGAUAGAUGAGGAUGCGGGGUGCGAAGGUUUAUAAAUAGGAUAGAUAGUCAUCUGUUUUUACCCGCCACGGAGUCCUAAUGCUUUGUUUUUAGUGCCCGUUAGCCUUCCGUGGAUGUGGGGGGGUGUGGAGACAGAAGGAAGGCUGACAAACACUGAUAAGGAUAGAGAAGUAUGCGGGGUACGAAGGUUUAUAAAUAGGAUACAUUUUUUUAUAUUUCCUUCAUUAUUCUUCUCACCCUCUGCCUUCCCCGAGACUCAUCACUGUACUACGUUGCUGAGUCAGGAUGGGACGCACUUAUCACCCACCAUCUUCAUUACCCUCCUCAGUGAACUUGCUUCCUCUCCUCACCCUCUGCCUUCCCCGAGACUCAUCACUGUACUACGUUGCUGAGUCAGGAUGGGAUGCACUUAUCACCCACUAUCUUCAUUACCCUCCUCAGUGAACUUGCUCUCCUCAUCCGCUGCAUUUCCCGAGACUCAUCACUGUGCGUUGCUGAGUCAGGAUGGGACGCACUUAUCACCCACCACCUUCAUUACCCUCCUCAGUGAACUUGCUCUCCUCAUCCGCUGCAUUUCCCGAGACUCAUCACUGUACGUUGCUGAGUCAGAAUGGGACGCACUUAUCACCCACCACCUUCAUUACUCUCCUCGUCCACAUCCUCCUCCGGAAAUGACUCCAGCUUGUGUUCAUAAAUGUAUCGACGCCUCAGUAUACGGCAAAGUUGCCAGACUGUCUUACUCAGCCUUUUAUAUUUACCGACUUACGACCCAAAAACUGUCUCGUGGACCCCAAUAAGGAGAUUCACGUAUAACUAUCGUUAAAAUAGUUAAUUCCUGAUGUUUCUUGGCAAUAGUUAAGCGUCAGAAACCAGUAAAUACUAUGCUCUGAGUACGACAAUCUGGGAACGGUAGUAUACGUCUGUUUGAAAAGCCUCUCGUGGAAGUUCUGGGAUUUUCAUGGACUGUAUUGCGAUCCUGGUGAUAGUUUUACACAACUUCUGCACCAGGAAUAGGAAAGCCACCCAUUAAAACCUGGUUAAUCUUCUCCGUGGCCUUGCAACAUGGUCGUAAUGGGAACCCGAUAUACUACCAACGUUGCUAGAUUGUCGUACUCAGUUUCUCAUAUUUCCCGAUUUCCAUCCCAAAAACUCUUUCCUGGACCACAAUAACGAGAUUUAUUUGAGGUUAUUGUUGAAAUGAUUUAUUAUUCCUGUUUCCUGGUGAUAUUUAUUGGGGAGAUUCUGGUAAAUGUGAUGCUCAGAGUACGAUAAUCUGACAACGGUGCCUGAUACGUUUAAAAGAAUAUAUGAACCUCACUCUGUACGCUUCAGUGUCAUCCGGGAUUUAACCAGUGUCGUAUAUACAUGUGUUUUGAGAGGGGAGGAACGGCGGGUCUUGGAAGCAACGUUGCCAGAUUGUCGUACUCAGCCGAUUAUAUUUCCCGACUUCCUACCCAUAAACUGUCUUCUGGGCUCCAAUAAGGAAACUAAUUUAUAGUUAUCGUUAAAAGAGUUAGAUUCUCAUGUUUCUUGGCAAUAGUUAGGCGUCAGAAACAGGUAAAUACUAUGCUCUGAGUACGACAAUCUGGCAACGGUGCUUGGAAGUCGCGAGAAAUGGGUAUAUAAAGAAAAUUUGUGGAUAACCAUUUUAAGUUUUCUUUCACUCAAAACGAAGUAGCGAGUAAGAAAGAGAAAGGGGGAGUCAUGAUUGUGUGCCUCUCCCUACACACUCAGCUGGAUCCAAGUUAUAUAUCAUUCAUUAUUAUCAUCACUGUUUGUUAGUUUCCUCGCAACUCCUCCUUUACACAAGUUAGACGGUGUAACGACAUUCAAUUUAUAUAUCUUUCAUUAUCAUCAUCAUUCAUCGUUAACUUCCUUCCAAACUCCUCAAAUGACUCUUCCUUUACACAAGUCAGACGGUAAAAUAGAUUCUGUUCAUUACCUUCAUCGGCGUCACCGCUCACCAUCAGCUGCCAUCCUCAGACUCUUAAAUCACAAAGUCAGGGGGCGACACUUGCGUCUACCCAGUGCUGACCACACCUCACCUCGACUAUCUAUGCAUUUACCUGCAAUUACGUUAAGGAUAAAGACACCUGGGUAGGGCUACAAGGUGAUAUUAAGGAUGUUACCAGAGAAUUUUUCCCCGUAUCCGCUCGUGGUCUGUCGUGUUCCCCCCUAAAAGGAUCAAUACAGACGAGAGCUCCCUCAGUGCGUGUUCCUAAAGGCUCAAAAAGAAAGGUUCCUCGAGUGGUCAGGUUCAGGUUGCCUCCCACACGGCUCGUCGGUAGGAGGCAAAAGUGUGCACGUGACAAUAAAAAACGUCAGAUUUUAAAGGUUGUAGUAGUGUUUAUUAAGUUUUAGUGUGGCCCGGUUAUUCAAAAGUUGCAUUAGUAUUUAUUAGCAGUUACGUGGCUAUUUUGGCUUUUCAAUUCGAUUUUUGUGACGGAGUUGAAAUUGUUGGAUUCUCAGAGUUAAGUCGGCAUAUUAUAAACUCGGUCUUUAAAAGUGAUAAAAAGAAAAUAACAAAAUCAAAUAAACACGCCUUUAAAAAAACGGGUUAAAAAAGACGAAUCAGCCACAUUAUUGUUAGUUAGACUAUAACGGCGUUCAGAAUUCAGGCGCAGCUCCUUCCAGCGUCUCCAUCGUGUUCUGAAUGAAGUAAAGAUGUCGGUGUUACCAAGGGAAUAUUCGCCAAUGCGUACGCGAGCGGUUCCAAUUAGUAUUCGUAUCAGUCGAAAACUAAUACCUUGAAAUACUGAUCUGAGCUAUAAAAUUAAAGUAUGUUCAAAUUCAGGUUAGAUUUGUUAUCCACUUGUAUAGCUGUGUGCAGUUCUCUAGAGCAGUUAUGGUUUUUUUUUUCCGAUAUGGGUCUUGAUUGGCGUGAUGCGUACAAAUUGGCGAGCACACUUAAUCUCCCGAGAAACAUGAGGAGGGCGUGGGAGGCGUGUAGGUGCCGCGGGAGGAGUUUAUGAGUUGAAGUAAAUGAUGCGAACCUUUCCACGAGACGAGUGUUGCGUACAAAUUGGCGAGCACACUUAAACUCCCUAGAAUUAUGAGGAGGGCGUGGGAGACGUGUAAGUAGGUCCCGCGGGAGGAGUUUAUGGGUAAAUAAAUCCUACGAACCCCUCCACAAGACACGCCGAAGCUAUGAACGAGCGAGUGUGUUGGCGGACGCUGCCCCACACGAGAGACAACCUUCCUGCCGCCAGAUGGUGCCCGGGGCGAGGGGUCCCCACGUGGCGUUUGUGUUAGCUAAAGUGAGGACGUGAGGGAGGAGUAAACGACGAGUUCCGUGACAAUAUCAAGGCCAGAGUUGUAUACUGUUAAUGUCAAGAAUGGUAUCAAACGAACGUGCGUCUUAGGGUGACUUUGUGUUGUGUCAAAUGGGAACGUGCGAGUCAUGUCAUCAACGCCAGUCUGAGUGUUGCGUCUGUGCAUCAUAAUAAGGCGGCGUCAGACGAUUUUAGAAGGUGAAUUUUAGUGUUAUUUUGAAUACGUGAGAAAAGAUGCGUGAAGGAAUAACUGAGUGGCAAUAUCUACGUGGCCCGUCCGUGAAAAUACGAGAGGAAGAAGGCACCAAAAAAGCGUCUAAAGACCUUUUCACAUCGUUACAAGUAAGUACGUUAGAGCGGAAGGGGAAGGGAAGGAGUAUGCGGCAGUAUCUACAAAGCCUGUUCGUGCAUCACUGUUCUAGGAGAAUGCCGAAUAAAGGAAGGAAUACGAAAGGGAAAAGGCGUCAAAGGAGCGUCUAAAGGCCUGUUCACACCGUUUUAAGUAAGGACGCUAGACAGGAAGGGUAAGGAAAGGAGUCUGAGGCAAUAUCUUCAAGGCUUGUUUAUGCAUUACUGUUAUGGGCGAAUACCGAAAAAGGAAGGAAUGCGAGAGGGAGAAGGUAUCAAACAACCGUCUAAAGGCCUGUUCACAUCGUUUGAAGUAAGCUCGUUAGAGAGGAAGGAUAAGGGAAGGAGUGAGGCAUUAUCUUCAAGGCUUGUCUGUGCAUUACUGUUAUGGGCGAAUACUGAAAAAGGAAGGAAUACUGGAGAGAAAAGGCGUCACAGGAGCAUCUAAAGACCUGUUCAUAUAUCUUCAAGUAAGCUCGUUAGAGAGGAAGGGUAAGGGAAGGAGUCUGAGGAAUUAUCUUCAAGGCUUGUCUGUGCAUUACUGUUAUGGGCGAACACCGAUUAAAGAAAGGAAAAUGAAAAAGAAAAGGCAUCAAAGGAGCAUCUAAAGGCCUGUUCACAUCGUUUUAAGUAAGCUCGUUAAACAGGAAGGGUAAGGGAAGGAGUCUGAGGCAUUAUCUUCAAGGCUUGUCUAUGCAUUACUGUUAUUAUGGGCGAAUACCGAACACAAGAAGGUUACGGGGAAGGUCUUGAGUCCAGAAUAGGUUUAAACGACGCAAGGGUUGUUUCGUGAGUACUCAAUGCUCAACUUCGCCUCUUCUGGGUACUAGCGACGGAUUGAGUAAGUUUUAGUGGCUUAGUGAAAUUACGUUUAUGGUAAAUUUAUUGAAUACACUCUUUUUAAAUCCCUUAAGAACACUCCGACCUUAGAACUUACAUCAUUACUAGAGAGCACUCCAUGAACCACUUGCUUCACUGCUCCGGGGAUGUUCGACUCGUUUGACCUUGAAGCCGAGAGUAACAGGGACACACACACACACACACACACACACACACACUUUAGUUUGCGUACAUACUUCAAUAAUGUUAAUAGUAUUUUUCUCAUUGAAUGUUAUCACUUUGUUGUUAUUGUUGUUCUUGUUGUAAUAGUAAGCUACAGUGGGCUAUUAUAACUGACGUAAGAGUCUGUAAAACACAUAUAUAUAUUAGUAGUAGAAGUAGUGAUAGUAGUAGUAGCAGUUAUAGUAAAUGGGGUAAGUGACUUUGUGGAUGUCUGAUAAAAGGAAUGUGUGUGUGUGUGUGAGAGAGAGAGAGAGAGAGAGAGAGAGAGAGAGAGAGAGAGAGAGAGAGAGAGAUAAUGGUAUCUGUGGUUUGAUUUUUAUGUCUUUCAAGGUGGAGAGCAGCAACAUUUUCCAUUCACCAACACUGUGUAACUCAGCUCAAGUGUGUUUCCCCGACUUGAGUGUUGUUGUGAUCAUUUGUAUUGCUUGCUGCACGUGGAUGUUACUGAGUGCGUAGGAGUGAAAAAAAUUCCGAUAUAUAAGUGAAAUGAAGUGUGUGUUGCAGUGUUUUGUGAAGGCUUGAGGUGUUGCAUUGUUUUAUGGUGCAAGAGGUGAUGUUUUGGGGUGUUGGAGGUGGAGAAGAGUAUUGCAUUCCAGUGUUUCAGGCGUGAGGGUGAAGAAAGUAUUGCAUCAGGGUGUUCUGUGGUGUUACUGACCGAUUGGAAACAUCAGCGUGAAAGGAAGACUGGUACUAGUGUGAGGAAGAGGUGUUGCAUUCGAGUGUUACUACAGUGUUACUUUCCACUUGUCAAGACGUUAGCGCCAGUAGCGGAGUGUUGCAGUCUCACCUUCUCGUAAAUAGUCAUUCCAUUACAUACUCGCUCCCGUACGUACCUGUAAUUACCUGCGUCUCUUGUCGUGUCGCACCUGUUCGUCGCCUAGGGAGUAUUUCGUCGUCCUGUCGUCACAACACAACACUCGCGCACCACUGCCCCGCCCUUCCUUCCUUCCUUCCUUCCCUCGUGAAUAGACUUGAUUUUUUUACCCUCCGUCUUACAUCCUGUUCAUUCUCUCUCCCCUCCGUGUGUACCUGUCCCAGUAAUUUAUUUAGGUAUGUCUAGAGGUGUGUGAGGCGGUGGCCGAGUGUUCAACGUGCGCAUCCCGGGAUCCCAAGUUUGAGGCCCAUUGCUGUUGGAGGACGACUUUCAGCCAGCGUCGCGUGGCCGAAGAUCCGAUACAUGUCAACGAUUCCGUCAAGCCUUGAGCAGCGGCUGGUGUCAAAGGGAUCACCGGGGGGAGGGGUCAACAGCAACCAAGCAGGAAGACUAAGGGCCAGUUUUACAGUCAAAUACAGCAAGUUUGUAAGUUCCCCAACCAAACACAAAAUACGACGAAAAUUCCUUGUAUAGUGUUUGACGUUGCUAUAAAAAGGAAAAAAUUUUACGAAACUCUACAGGAAAGUUCAUUAGAUGUAUUAAGUAGAAAUAACGGACCAUUGUGGAGAAGACAGUUUGGUUGGGGCGCUUACAAUGACCCUGUGUUGGACUGUCGAACUGGCCCUAAAUACAGCAUCACUGGAAAAAAAAAUCUCCCGCCUCACUGAAGGGGCCGGGCAGACCUCCGGGGCACAUUGUACACAAUCUUUUCAUUUUCUGCGGUGAAGCUUUUAUCAUGGAUAUAUCUGUUAUUGCCUUGUGUGAUUAUAAAUGGUCGCCGUGAAAAUUUAAGAUGAAGCGAGCGUCUUCACGAUUAUUUAGUAGUUAGGUGUCAGAAAAAGACUUGAGCAAGAUGUAUAUUUUCAAGGGUUAUGAUUCUGCACAAGUUGGCUCGUUACUGCAUCCUCCAGAACAGAAUUGUUGUACUGAUUGAUUAAUUAAUUGAAUGAUUACCACAUUUAUUGCUUCAUUCAGGUUUGCAAUGUAAACACAAUUAUAUACAAUUACCGAGGUAAACACAUGGUGCUGCAUAAACACUGUGCAGUAGCGUGAGCAGCGGACCCGAGUGUAAAUCAUGAACGUGGCAUCGAUUUUGUGUUAACGAGUAAUGGGCGAGGAGUGUGUUCGCCUCCUCCACCCGUCCACUCACACGACAGGCUAACGUUUGGAACACCAGCAAAACAACCGAAGUGUUCUUAUUUAGAGGUCUAUUAUGUGUCUCGUUUGGGCUUCAGACAGCAUGGUUCAGCUUUGGGUCGCCUCGCCCGCCACCAGCCGCCGCCUCACCGCUGCCAGUCACCCGUCAUCCGCGUCCGCCUCGUCAUCCUCGCGUCCAGCUUUUGUAUGUCUAUCCUCCGUCGUCGUGCAAUGAACCAAUAACAUUAUCACGGUGUUUA